AUGCAGUUGUUUUCCGUCGAACUCGAUGGUCUCGCAGGAACACAAAACAUUUCCGAAGAAAAGAGCGAAGCAUCCAUGACUCCGUCAUGCGAUGGGUUUCCAGUAUUGGGAUUGGAAAACAAUGCAAUGUAUUUAUUCCACCCGCCAUCAAGGCUCCACGUCUUGGCAUGGGACUCAAGGGUUGGAAUAAUACUGCUCAACUUUGUAGAUCCAACAACAGGCAGCUUCAAGACUCGAGGAUGGCGAACUUCAAGAAUUACCGUGUGCUAUGACACGGGUGUCAUGGGUAGUGUUCUCGCUCUUGAUAGCUUCAAGAAAGAUUUUGGAUUGCCAAGAGAAAAAGGCGGAUUUACAUCCCCCCAGAACGCUCAAGUGUCCUCCAAUGUCGUCUCUCUGCUAACGGCAGGAUGCUUUUUCGGGGCCAUUGGAGCAGCCUUCAUCAAUGACCGCUACGGCCGGCGAUAUUCACUCAUGUUAUUUACCGUAAUCUUCCUCAUUGGGGCUUCUAUUCAAACCGGUGCCCAGGCAAUCGGCCACAUUUAUGCUGGCCGUGUGGUUGCCGGUCUUGGUAUUGGCGGCAUGUCUAGCAUCACACCAGUUUUUGUCAGCGAAAACUGCCCGCCCAACGUACGAGGGAGAAUAGCCGGACUGUUCCAAAUCUUUCUCGUGCUUGGUAUGGUCUUUGCGUAUUGGCUUGACUAUGGAGUUGCCCUUCGGAUUCCUCCCAGCACCAAACAAUGGAGAAUUCCUGUCGCUGUCCAAAUCAUUCCAGGUGGGCUGCUUCUCGUUGGCCUUUUCUUUCUGCAAGAGUCACCACGAUGGCUUACAAAAAAGAAUCGACUUGAUGAAGCCUUAAAAUCACUUGCUUACAUCCGCAAUGAAGCUACUGAUAGCCCUGCGAUCCAGGCUGAAAUGGCCGAGAUUCGAGCUGCUAUUGACAACGAACUGGCUCUCACAGAGGGAGUUACUUGGCGGGAGUGUUUGCAACCUGGUAAUAGACAACGAUUUCUGCUGGCAUUUGGAAUCAUGGUAUGCCAACAAUUUUCCGGCACGAAUAGUAUCGGCUACUACGCCCCCCAAAUUUUUCAAACUGUUGGUCUAAGCAGCACCAAUGCGUCCUUAUUUGCUACAGGAAUCUAUGGAACUGUCAAGCUUCUCACCGGUUCACUCUUCCUUGCCUUUGGUAUCGAUAGAUGGGGGCGAAGAAAAAGUCUAAUCGUUGGCGCCAUUUGGAUGGCGGGUAUGAUGAUCAUUAUUGGCGCCGUGCUAGCUGCCAAGCCUCCUCACGUUGGAAGCGGCAACGGAACAACGUCGUCGGCAUCUAUUGCCAUGGUGGUGAUGAUUUAUCUCUACGUUAUCGGCUACUCUGCCUCGUGGGGACCUACACCCUGGGUUUAUAUUUCAGAGAUCUUCCCCAACCGUCUCCGUGAGUAUGGCGUCAGCCUCGGGGCUACUACCCAAUGGCUCUUCAAUUUUGUUAUUACUGAGAUCACCCCGCAAGCUGUCAAUCAUAUUGGCUGGCGAACCUUUCUCAUGUUUGGAAUCUUUUGCCUAGCUAAUGCUGCUUUUAUUACAAUUUUCAUCAAGGAGACCAAAGGUCGAACUUUGGAAGAUAUGGAUAUCCUCUUUGGUCUCGUGAGCGAGGAUGACCGAAAGGCUGACGUGGAGCAUAUGCUGCAAAAGGGAUUAGAGACUCAGCAUGUGGAAGUGACAAAUGCGGAUAUUGAGCUUGCACCCAGGACUGGCGGCUCAAGGUAG